GUUGCGUUUUAACGAUACUGAAACUUUUCCUAAGACGGACGGAAAUGUGUGUAUUCAUAUGCGCGUCUUGCAGGAUGUGGAUAUUUUUAUAUCUGUAUAAACUGAUAGAUCAUACAGGGAGUAAAAUUAUUUUGUAACGUAUGUCACGCGUGGGCUCUCUUGUUGCUCUUGUACUUGUGCCCCCCCCCUCUCAUUUCAACACGUGACAUUUAGCCAAUCGUAGAUCUGAAGGAAGUUACGUCAAUGUCGGUUACUCCAAUCACGGGUGUAUAACUUCAAUGAUGUUUUUGUAAAGUACAGCUGUUAUUUAUUGUAACGAAGGCAAGCUUUCAUCCUGCUGAACUGAGAAGAAACUGGCUGUUUUCGGAUUAAGUUCAGCAGAAGGUAAAGAAGAGUCAGAAUGAGUUCGGUUGGGAAUGCUGGAGGUGAUAAUCGAGAGACAAACCAAGAGAGACACCCAGUUGACCUGGCAGCUAAGACAACAGUAAAAACCACUGUGGAAUCAACUAGGCCAGCUUCAAUGCAAGCUUCAGGUCAGCUUCGUGGCAUUGGUACAACAAUAAGUCAUCCUGCAACACGAGUACAGAGUUCUGGUAUCCAGACUGUUGUCACCAGCAGCUCCACCAGCCAGAGUUCCCAUGUUGGAUCUAGCCCACAGAUACCUCUCAAGCAAGUGGGGGUUCCUCGUAGUGCCCUGCCAGUGUGUACACCUUCCAACACAGCUACACUGGUACAGACUGGAACAGCAGCAAGUACUCGUCCUUCUGUUGUGCCUGCAACAUCACCACUACCCUUGCAAACAAAUGCCACAUUGUCUGGUACCCAUGUCUCCACAACAUAUCAUGUACCCAGAGGUGCAGCAGCAGUUGCAAACAUAGCUGCCCCACGAGCAGCUGUGGCCACUCCUAUAAUAAGAUCCACAACAAACCUCCAGUCUUCAGCAGGCACCCAGCACACAACUAGUUUUACACCUGGUUUGCGUGGUUCAGGUCCAAGCAGUAUGUUACCUCGAGCUUUGAGCCCUGCAUCUCAGGGAACAACAUGGUUAAGUGGAAGUAUUACUCCAACAGCAACAACAGCAGUGCCUAAGUGUGUGUCUCCAGGACCCAUAUUAACAUCACCAAGAACUUCAUCAGUCACCACCAUCCAGCAGUAUACUCAAGGACGCUCAACAUCCAUGACAGUAACUGCUAGACCAUUAACUCCACAAGGAAACAGAAUGCAGUCUGAAUCCCCACGGCCUCAGCUCAUACAUGCCUCUGCACAGAAACCUAUUGCUGUCACACAGACUGGCACACAGUUGCACAUUGCUGAGAAGAGCUACUUCAAACCAAGUGUGUCAGUGCAGUCCUCACUUGGAGAAGUAUCAAUAGCUCAAGUGUUGCCUGCACGCACGCAGUCUGUCACAUACAGCAACCCUCUCACUUCUACAACAGCACUCUUUCCAGCCACAUCUUGUACAAGUCAAGGAACGACUACACUUAUUGCAUCCCAACCCCACCCACUGACCCUAUCACAAGGCAUGGUCAGCACAACAGGUAGUGGCCAAGGCUCAGCCACAGUCUUGACAGCCCCAGGCAGGCUUACAAUGUCCAGUAUUCCUGGAACAAGUCUUCCUGCUCAGGGGACCAUACUUGCUGCUGCAACCACUCAGCGACCAGGACAAGUGUCUAAUGCAGCAGUCCUGGCAGCUCCUGCUUGUUUAGCAGUCUCUACAGCUAGUCAGGGUCCUGGCUCUGCUCAAGGAACCACUCGCCUCACUGCAGCUGCAUCAAGUGCAGGGCAAGGAACCAUCAUAGCAAGCUCUGCUCGCAUCACCACUUUGCCCAGCUCAGUCCUCACCUCUGGUCAGGGAACUGCUGCUUUGUUGACUGGGCCAGCUCGACUCACUAUGACCUCCAGUAUCCCUAUUCCAGGCCAGAAUGCAGUACUGUCAGGCCAGACUCGUUUACAGGCGGUGUCUUCAACUGUUCCCACAGCGAUUGCGGCCUCAUCCUCAUCAGGAGCUGUGCUAGCUGCACCAGCCCGUAUUGCAGUUUCAGCUAGUUCUGUUGGCCCUCCGGUUCAGCAAGGUGCUCGUCUUACUGUAUCUGCUAAUUCUGCAGUUGUGUCAAAUCCAGGACAGAACACGCUGAUUACGGCUCCCACACGUCUUACUGUGUCAUCAAACUCAUCCAUGACUUCUAGUCCAGGCCAUCAAGGAACUACUGUCCUGGCAACUCCUGCACGUCUGACUGUUACGUCAGGUGUCCCCAGCUCAGGCCUUCCACCUACAGGUGUUGUGUCACUUCAUCCAGUAGUUGUCUCGAACACAAAUCCAAGCCUGGCCCUAAAACCAUCCUCACACAACCAACUCGGAACAUCGGGCAGCAGAAAUGUUAACACUCAUCAGAAUUUGGGACCAAAGGUCAUAACACAACCUGCACAUGGCCCUCCAAUCCAGAUUACACAGGUGCCAGUGAGCUCUGUGUCUGGUAAGCUGCCCCAACCUCUGCACAGUGUGACUCCCUUGCAGACAGCUAUAGCAAUCACUACAGGAGCCACCAGAACUGCAUACACAGCUACGACAACGGUUACUACAAGUAAUGUGUCCAGUAUCCGCCCAGUUACGGUAGCCACUACAUCAGCUAUACCAGUGGCUAAAGUGUUCCCACAGGCCGUUGGUGUUGGCCGAGAACAGAUUGGGACAAAUUCUGUAUCUGAAGUGACAUUACCAGUACAUGCAAUCCAGACCUCUCAACCAGCACAACAGCAACCUCAGCAAACCAUUGUGGCAACUCAGCAAGCUAUUUCUCAAGCCACCAGUGUGUACAUCCAAACUUCACAUAGAACUUCGCCUGUACCAAGCUCUACUCAGGCAUCUGUAGACAGAACAGCUUCAACACUUCCAACAUAUACACUUCCAACUACUUAUUACUAUGAAACCCCCAGUGGCUACCAGGUGGCAGGGGUAGGCAGCUCACUGGUGGCUCGACCAUACAACUCUGGAAGUCCUUACACUGUGCAGACCACCACUACACCAGCACUGCGACCAGGAGUCACCACACAUCAAGUACAUGGCAUUGUGGCUGGAACCCAGCCUGUAAGGUUCAACCCUGUUAUGGUUGUUGAUCCUGCCAGAAGCACCAUGCCUGUUCACUCAUCCUUUGUGACAGAAGGUACUUUGGUUCAAACAGAAGGAUCAGUACUGGGUCAAAGCAGCCAAAUGCAGCCUACUUCAAAACCCAAUGCCUCUCCUAGACCUAGCAUAUUACGUAAGAGGGACAAUGAAGGCUCCCCUCUGAAGGCGCAGAAGAAUCUGGCUCCAGUUUUAGCUGCUUUAAGCAGUGGGGCCCCGGUCUCUCCUCCAUCACCGCGGCGUCCUGACUCACGUGGCAAUGGAGGCAAUUCUUCUGGUGGCUCCACUACCAUUUCAGCUACUUCAUCUCCAGAACUGGGUGAAGCAGGAGAUGAUUCUUUACCACCAAUAAAGCAAGAACCAGUUGACGAAGGAGAAAGACCCCCAGUUGAGAUGAGCCCUCGCAAAAAACCCCGUAAACAACAGCUGACUGGUAAUGAACUGCAUGAACCCAAAUUCAGUGAAGAUGAUAUGGAAUUUAUUGUGGAAGAGAAAAAUAUCAAGAAAGAAGUGAAAGAAGUGUCCGAGGAGUAUGAAGAGAAAAUCUACAUACCAAAACGCCCCAGUAUUUCCCUUAUGAACAGCUACAGACAUACUUGGAAGUCUAGACACAAUCACUAUCUCCGCUACAGUGAUGUGAAACCAAAGGAUGAGAGACGACCUACUGUGAUGGACCUUGCAAACCAAAAACAGGUUCUGCAGAAGGUGAAUGGAUGGAAGAUCUAUCACCUCAGUACACAAAUGGAAGAUCUUUCUGAGCUGGAGAUGCAGGUGUUUGAAAAACUCACAGCAAUGCUGAAAGUGAUGGAGAAGAAAACUGGAAAGGAGCUGGAUAAAGAUGUAAACAGAAUCAAUGAACUUAUAAAAGGAAAUAUUCAGAGGAGCAAAGUAAUCAAGGAUCAAAUGCAGGAAGCCAAGAGCCAAAUUAUGAAGAUCUUUGAUCAUAAGAGUCAAGUGACAGACAUUAUCAGUCGUUGUGCAAACAAACGUUCGCUCAAGAAGCGUGAGAAAUCGUAGUUUUUCUCUUGCCAGUGGUGUUAUUUUAACUGUGAGACAGGCCACCAGUUGUAUGUAUAUAUAGAGUUAAUUUUGAGCCUAGAAAACAUAAUUGACAGAAAAGAAGUACCUUUAUUUAGUGCAUAUAAUAAUUUAUAAUAAAUCAUUUUUAUUGGACUUAGAAUUGCAACAAACUGUGGUAUGUGGGAAACCACAGACUGGUAGUUAUUUAUGCACCUUGCACCC